AUGACAAGUGAUAAUUUUCCAUUUCCCUUGCUGGUGGCCUAUAUUGUGUUUUUCUUCUUGACAUUUACUCUUUCCGUGGUCGGUAACACUUGGGUAAUUCUCAACUGUUGGAGAGCGCUGAAGAGGAACAAGGUUUCUUUGACAUGGUGCAUACUGAAUUUGGCAGCUGCAGAUCUUCUUUUUACGUUUCUAACUAUUUUCAACGGCAUUGCGUUUUUGUGGAAUUGGAUAGGUGGCGAUGUUCUUUGUAAAUUACAGGGAUUCUCUGUCGAGACGACCUAUACUGUCUCAAUAACAAACCUUGUACUGAUAAGCUACCAGAGACUUACGGCCAUUACGGAUCCCCUGAAGACAAGGGCAAGAAAUAUCUCGAAUAAACAAUAUCGAAAAAUAUUACUUUUGUGGGGAACUGGUGUGCUCGCCUGCUCACCUUUACUUUUCUUGUAUCAGACAAGAGUCAUCCAAGAAAAAGAAAAAACAGAAUGCGAUAACUUGGCAUUGGGAGGUAUCGCUCGAAAGGUAUUCUACAGCUUGCAUGCCUUAUUUUUCUUUGUUUUUCCAUUGUGUUACAUGGUUUAUUCACAAAGCAAGAUAUUCCGCGCUUUGCGCAAACAACGAAUUGUGCCGCGGACACUGCAAGGAGCCGAAAUCUCCAGGAGACGUCAUAGAAAGGUUGCCAAAACUCUUUUAGCUUUAACAGUUGUGUUUGUUUUGUGCUGGUCUCCAUUCAUGACCACGAGAACUCUGAUGUAUUUUGACUUAGCACGACCAGACAUGAUAUGGAGGGCCAGCCAGCUGUUGCUUUGUCUAAAUACAGUGCUGGAUCCCAUAAUGUACGGUGUUUAUGGAAGAAACCUCAAAAACGUUUGGCGAGUAUCUUGCUGUCGCAAGUCGUCAUUAAGCAGACAACCGAGUUUUCCGUCGCUCCUGGACAGAACAAAUAUAGCAGUACUGGCCUUAAACCAGACAGCUGAACACCUGCCACGGGCGAGUUGUCCUUGA